GGUUGCUAAUCCUUCAGAAUCUAGAAGAGAAUCAUUGCCUUCAGCAUAGAAAGCUUCCCUGUUAAAGACUUGUCUCUUCCUGAGACAUCCUAAAGGAUCAAGAUUCUUAGCACAGUGUGUGCUAAGAAAAGAAUAAUUUACUGACUUGAAGCCUCCUAGAUCGUGAAUCAUUUAGAGGCACUGAUUUUAGGCCUUGGUGAACACUUGCUGAGAGUUGGUCCAGUUCUCAGUGAACAGUCAUGGGCCCAAAGAGAUAUUUCAAGUUUCAAGAGCACAGUGUAUUAAAGACCCCAGGAAAUACCUCUAUUAAAUUUGAAAAACAACUAGGUACAGAUGAUGAAGAGAUAUAUGAUAUAACUGCACAACCAAAAUUUGUCCUGAAGAACCUCAGACACUACACGGUGCAUCCGAAUAUGGCCAAAUACUAUGAACCUUUGAAGCCCACUAGACUGCAGAAAUUCUUGACUCAAAAGAAGAAAAUGAAUGGUUUCAUGGUAAAGGUGACAGAGUAUGAUCAGGAUAUGACGUUACUACUCAUGACUAACAAUCCACCGCCCUGCUCCAUCGGCCAUAAGGAAAAGGAUGGUGCUCCAAUGUACUUUCCUCCAGAGUUUCAGUUAAAGGAAACUCUCUAUCGACGCAAACCCAACAAGAAUGACUUCCUUCCCACAAUGUCUCAGAAGAAGAAGUUAAGACCAGAGCUGAAGCCAAUCUUCCCUAUAACACGGAUAGGCGAUCCUACCUUCAAGGAACAACAGUGGUUUAGGUUUUCUACUGACAGUGAUUUCAACAUCGAAGGAAAGUAUUCUGAAAUCUAUGCUUUAAGGAAACAGAAAAAAAUGUAUCCUAACCUCAUCUUUGCCCCAGCCUGCCAGAGAAAGACAAAGAAACAUGUUUCCAUGAAGUCAGAGGAUGAAACACCAACUUCUCAAGUGCUUUGGGAACCACUGACAUUUUCAAAGCUCCUAGAAGAGAAGCCUACAAGAAGUGUGCCAGGGGAGAGCUGCUUUCGUCACGGAAGGGCCCAGCAGUGGAUUGUCAAAAAUGCGUCUGUUAUUAAGUGAAAACAAAUCCUUAAAACCCCACUUCUCACUCUCCAAGAACUGAGGGGGUCUGGAGAAGUCACAAACCAAAUAAAGUUCCAUAUUUGUUGCCUCA